AUGGCUCCUAAAUUAGAGUCCGCAUUCACGAUGCGAGCAUAUCUGUCCAAGGAAAGCGUCAAACUCGAUGGGAUCAAGAGCGGACCAUCAAGACUCGUUCUGCCCAUCACACACGGGUUCGUUCAGGGCUCAGGACUGACUGCGAAGGUCUUACCUGGUGGAGCUGACUGGCUACUGCUCGAUCCCUCGACCAACGUCGCCCACCUCGACGUCCGCACUCAAGCUCGUACUGCAGAUGGCCACAGUCUCUACAUCCACUACCACGGCGUACUGAAAGUGGACGACGCGGGAAGCAAAGCACUUGCGGGGGCGGCAGACGCGAAAUCGACGGAUUUCGGUGAUCAUGAGUGGUUUGCAGGCCCGGUUAUUGAGACGGACGAUCCAAACUUCAAAUGGGUCGAGACUACCUUGUUUGUUGGCCAGGGGAGAUACGUUAUUGAUGACGAGGGCUCGGCGGUUGAGUAUCAGAUAUAUAAAGUUGUCAAUUAA